GCAGCCUCUCCCGCCGCCCCGCGCUCGCGCCACUCGUUGCUAUGGAGGCGAGGCGUCCCCCGCUGCCGCGGCCUGCCGAGGCCGCUCCCGCCCGCCGCGCACCUGAGCCGCCCGGCGGGGCUCGGCCGCGGCCCGCGGCCGCCCCGUACCUGCCGCGCCGGGCUCCGCCGCCAGGGAGAGAAGCGGGGUCCGAAGCCGGCGGAGCGGGCGGCCGCCGGCGGCACAUGCGGGUCGCCCGGGCCGCGGCGCCAGGGCUGGCCGGGCCCCUGGCACGGAGCCGCAGUCCCGGCGCGGCCCACGCCAGCGGGCGCGGGAGGUGGCGGCGGGCCGCGGCCCGGGAGGCGCGCCGGGGAGGAGCGGGAGCGUGUUUUCUGCCCUUGUGCUGGCACGGGUGGCACCGGGGGACUAAGACGCACCGCUGCGCCGCUUACCUGCGGGGUCUGGCGGGGAGGCGGCUCGGGUGCUACCCGCUCUGCUCGCCGCGGCGGGGAGCGCGCCUUCACGGGGAUCGGAAGCGCUCACGCGACAGGAGCCCCUCCGGGUGGGAUCCGCUCGGGGUCAGCAGUGCCCGCGGCCACAUUCUUGGAAGUCAGCGUGGCGUGCCAUGCGUUUUCUUCCUGAGCCGAAACAGUAUCAGUGUUCUCUCUCACUCGCCUCCGAGCUGCUCCUCUCGCUCCUGGAAUGAAAACCGCAGGAAACCUGUCAAGGACUGUGAAUUUCUAGGGUCGCGAGACAUCACUAGAGAGCAGUGCACAAUGUCAACUGCAGGAGUUGCUGCUCAGGAGAUGAGAGUCCCAUUAAAAACCGGAUUUCUUCGCACUAGUCCAGGCAUGGGGACUCUGAAAACCUGCUGGGGUAGCCACAGUGGAUUUGAAAAUACGUUCUUUAAUGUGGACCCUAUAGCAGUGGCAUAUAAUUUGAAUCCAUCAACAGAGCAACAUUUACCAUCCAUUGGGCACUCUUCCAACCAUGCUUCCAUGAAUGACCACAGCUUUGCUGAAAGUUGCAUCCAAGUCCCAUCUCAGAAAUCCAGUCCAUCUCCUGUAAGUCCCAAAAAUGAACAGCUGAUUUCAAGAUAUGAAGACCAUCUCGUUCCUGGCUUUAGUAAACUGUCAUUAACCAUGGGCUGUGUUUCUGAAGAAACACCUCCUCACAUGCCAGUGAAAAACGGGCCAAUUCAAUUUCUGUCUGCAUCUUCCAAUGACCGUAGCUCCAGGCCACUACCCCCUCUGCCUAUUUCUGAAGACCUUACUCCAGACGAGGUUGACAAAGAGGUGGAAUUCCUGACUAGCUCAGAUACUGACUUUUUGUUAGAAGAUUAUGAACUUCCUCCUUUUAAAUCCAGUGCUCCAAGCCGGCGGAGCUUUAGGGGCUGUGGACAAAUCAACUACGCAUACUUUGAUGCUCCAACAGGACCAAAACCAGAAGAUGCCAACCCCUCACAAAGCCUAAAUGGAUACAUAUCCAGUAUUUAUCCCCCUCCACAGCAGCUGCAUCGACGUUUGCGGAGGUCCCAUUCCGGGCCAGCUGGAUCUCUUAAUAAACCAGUAAUAAGACUAUCUGGACACUUAAACAGGUCUUCUCCAAACUCUGACGAAGACAAACCAGAGAUUCCACCGAGGGUUCCCAUACCUCCAAGGGCUCUCAAACCAGAUUACAGAAGGUGGUCAGCAGAAGUUGCUUCUAGUGCGUACAGUGAUGAAGACAGGCCUCCAAAAGUGCCCCCAAGAGAACCUUUGUCACGCAGCAACUCCCGGACACCAAGUCCCAAAAGCCUGCCAUCAUACCUCAAUGGGGUUAUGCCCCCCACCCAGAGUUUUGCACCUGAUCCUAAGUAUGUCAGCAGCAAAGCUCUACAGAGACAAAAUAGUGAAGGAUCUUCCAACAGGGUCCCUUGCAUUCUUCCGAUUAUUGAAAACGGUAAGAAGGCCAGUUCAACGCACUACUAUCUGCUGCCUGAAAGGCCUCCAUAUUUGGACAAGUAUGAGAAAUUCUUCAGAGAAGCAGAAGAAAGUAGCUCUAACAAAGAGGUUCAGUCUUGGUCUGGUGACUGCACAGCCACUUCAGCCCCAACAAAACUGGACUCGAAACCUAGAAUGGACAUAGCUGGUCAUCUGAAACGGAAACACCUGUCCUAUGUGGUUUCCCCAUAGUCUCUGGGAGCAGUGUCUCAGCUCAGUUGUUCAGGAUGGAGCUGAACUUUAUCAUGUUACAAAGUUCUUAAGGUUCUCAGAUAAUGAUGUAGGACCAGUUUGUCCCCUGAGAACUGGAAAGCAGAUGGUAAAAGUCCUCGUAUGCUGCAUAUCUCCGAUGUUUCUUAAGACUGUUUUCCGUCUUGGUAUGUAUAGCUGAAAACCUACAAGGAUUCCACAGAAACAUACAGAGGGAUAGUAGUCACAGUUGGCCAGUUAUAUGCUACCUAGAGGAAUGUAUUUGGUAGUCAUGUUAUCAAAAAAAAAUCUAGCUUUGCUUACAAGUCACUUAUAAAGCCAACAAAGCAGCAGAUAAUGCAGUACAGUUUUCGUAUCAGGCAUUUCCAAAAUUUCUUUCACACAGUAACUGCUGAGAACAGACUCUAUCCUCUUUGACUAGAUGUGCCAACCUGGCAAGAAGGUAAUUGCAAGAUCUGAUAUCCACUUCAAGACUUGGCUAGCAUAUUAGAAGUGCGUUUCGAAAGAUGAAUAUUUUACAACUUAAUUUGACACUUAAUAGACUUUUCAAGGGAGUUAGGUUUUGUGGAGUCUUUCAGUUGCUAGACACACUUGGCUCAAUUUUGCAGUUUUUCCUAGGAGAGACUUGGACCAGCUAUUGUUAAACCUCUGCUGCUGCUGUUUUCCUGCUGGAUCCUAGAAAUGUGUGAAAGUGUCCUGAAAGCGGCAGAGGAUACAAGCAGCUAUAUGGUUGCUAUUCAGUAGGCAGUAACAACUACAUACUCACCUAGAGUCUGAAAUUCUGACUGUAUUAAAUACAGAAACACAGCACAAGCUGGUCUUGUGCUUUGGUUUCUAUUCAGUAUUUUAGGGGAGGAAGAAGGUGUGAGGAAAAAAACAUGAUUCCAUUUACAGUGUCAGUCCCAUCUCUCGCUGCUUCAGAUGCUGCUUCUUGCUGUUUAAUUUUUCCUCAUAGUGCCUCAGCGAGCCACUGAAGUUCAUUGAGGCGCCACAUUUGUGCAUUAGCAGUUUCUCAUGCUCAUUUUGAUUACAUUUAUCCUCUUACAGAUAAGCACAAGAGAAAGGGUGCUCGUUAACGGAGGUACAGAAGAUGAAUGUGUUCCUCCUAACAGAAAUAAACAAGCUGUUUACAGUUUAAACUGCUGAAUGAUAUGUUUGAGCUAUUUUAAAGCUUACUUUUUAUUUUAGUACAAACUAAAUGAAGGUGAAAUACAUGCUAUAGAAAUGCACUGAUAUUUCUGCAUCGUGUACAGUAUUGAAUAAAAAAGAAUUCACUUUGUAUUUUGAAUAUUGCCAUGUCUUGAGUUUAAUAAAGUUAUAAAAUACUUAUUUAUGAUA